GCACCGAUGAGAGAUCCAGCCUUCCCAGGGACUGCCAUGGCUUACCACCCCUUCCACGCACCCCGGCCGGCUGACUUCCCCAUGUCCGCUUUCCUCGCAGCCGCCCAGCCGUCCUUUUUCCCGGCUCUGGCUCUGCCUCCGGCGGCGUUGGCGAAGCCCAUGCCGGACCCGGGGCUGGCCGGGGCGGCCGAGGCCGGGCUGCACGUCUCGGCCCUGGGACACCACCACCAAGCCGCCCAUCUGCGCUCGCUCAAAAGCCUGGAACCCGAGGAGGAGGUCGAGGACGACCCCAAAGUAACGCUGGAAGCCAAAGAGCUUUGGGACCAGUUCCACAAGCUGGGCACCGAGAUGGUGAUCACCAAGUCCGGGAGGAGGAUGUUCCCCCCGUUCAAGGUGCGGGUCAGCGGCCUGGACAAGAAGGCCAAGUACAUUUUGCUGAUGGAUAUAGUGGCGGCCGACGACUGCCGGUACAAAUUCCACAACUCCCGCUGGAUGGUGGCUGGCAAGGCCGACCCGGAGAUGCCCAAGCGCAUGUACAUCCACCCCGACAGCCCGGCCACGGGGGAGCAGUGGAUGGCCAAACCUGUUGCCUUUCACAAGCUCAAGCUCACCAACAACAUCUCGGAUAAGCACGGCUUUACCAUCCUGAACUCCAUGCACAAGUACCAGCCCAGGUUCCACAUCGUCCGGGCCAACGACAUCCUCAAGCUGCCCUACAGCACCUUCCGCACCUACGUGUUCCCCGAGACCGACUUCAUCGCCGUCACCGCCUACCAGAACGACAAGAUCACGCAGCUGAAAAUCGAUAACAACCCCUUCGCCAAGGGCUUUCGGGACACGGGCAAUGGCCGGCGGGAGAAGAGGAAGCAGCUCUCGCUGCCGUCCCUGCGGAUGUACGAGGAGCCCUGCAAGCCCGACCGCGACGGCGGAGAGUCGGACGCCUCGUCGUGCGAGCCCUCGGCCGUGCGCGAUGCCCUGCACUCGCCCGUGGGCGCCCUGCCCAGCCCCCUGCGCCUCAAGGGCAGCGGCAGAGGUAAGGCAGGAUGCGGGGCUGACAGCGACACGGAGGCGGAGAAGGUGCCCGAGGAGCGGCCGGUGGCAGCAGCCAGCCCCAGCGCCGAGGACGCGACGCCCCGGGGCAGCCCCCGGUGCCCGGAGGAGCGGAGCAAGGAGAGGCACAGCCCGGAGAAAGCCAAGGACGGGGCAUCCCCCCGGGACCGGGAGGCUCCUGGCGAGGGCCUGUUCGGCGCACGGGGCCUGGAGAAGGACAAGGUGGAGGGAAGGAGGAAAGAGACGGAGCCGGGCAAGAAGGACGCGGAGGGCGGCGGGCUGGGCAAGGAGGCGUUCGCGCCGCUGAUGGUGCACACGGACAGCCCCCCGCACCUGAGCACCGGGCACCUGCAGAGCCUGGCGCUCUCUGGCCUCCACGGGCAGCAGUUCUUCAGCCCGCUGGGCGCCGGGCAGCCCCUCUUCAUCCACCCGGGACAGUUUGCCAUGGCGCCCGGCGCCUUCUCGGCCAUGGGCAUGGGACACUUGCUGGCCUCGGUGACCGGCGGGGGCAGCCUGGAGAACGGAGCCCUCUCGUCCGCCCCGGGCGCAGCAGGGACGGCCACCCCCUUCCCUUUCCACCUCUCCCAGCACAUGUUGGCCUCUCAGGGAAUCCCGAUGCCCACCUUCGGCGGACUCUUCCCCUACCCCUACACCUACAUGGCAGCGGCCGCAGCCGCCGCCUCGGCCAUGCCGGCCACCAGCGCUGCGGCCGCGGCGGGGCCGCUGUCCCGCAACCCCUUCCUGGGCAGCAGCCGGCCCCGCCUGCGCUUCAGCCCCUACCAGCUGCCGGUGGGCAUCCCGCCCAGCACCAACCUGCUGACCACCGGCCUGCCCGCCAGCCUCAGCGCCGAGGGCUCCAAGGGCGGCAGCCGGGAGCCCAGCCCGCUGCCCGAGCCGCCCCUGCACAAGGGGGGCGCCCAGCGCGCCGCCGCCUCCCCCAAGGGCUCCCUGAAGGAGUCGCUCAAUGAACUGCAGAACAUCCAGAGACUGGUGAGCGGGCUGGAGAGCCAGCGGGAGCUGUCCCCGGGCAGGGAGUCCCCGAAGUGA